CUACCCAAAUUUAUAGUUUGCGAUGUACAUUUUAGUCGGCUAAUUCCUCUAGUGUGUUAUCUAUCUAUUCGGCUAAUUUCUAAUAUUUCCAGCGAUGGAGCUGGUACAAAAUACUAUCUAGACGUGCAUAUUGUAUAGAAAGCGGGAGUUAAACAAAUACAGCAACACUCAGAAAACAGUACGCAAUGUGGAAACACCGCAGAGACUUCUGCGUAGGCUAUAUCUGUGUGUGGACCCAGGGCGUUAGCUAACGCUUAUUGAUCCCUUGUUGCCUAUAGCCAACAGCGCAGAACAAAGGUGGGCCCUUAAACAGGCACCACCUGUUAACCUCAUUAAUAUUCAUCAGGUAUCGAGUUACACAGGUCCCCCAGCGGACAGCAGUUUCCCAGUGUUGCGUUCCACAGGGGACAUCGUUCGGUCCACUGCUAGCGAGGCAUCACUGACAGUGUAGCGGUUUUAAGCACUUGUGAUGACACCUUUUUUCACGGGGAAUUGGUUCCCUUGUGUCCGUCCAUCUCUGUAGGAUACAGGUGAAAGGAGAAAAUGGCGCUAGAGCGAGCGCUGGUGGCGGCUAAAACGGGUGACGAAGUAGCGUUACAACAGCUGCAUUUAAGCGGGGCUCUCCACGACGGUGUAGCGGACGAGUUCGGUGCCACAUGCGUCCACCACGCGGCUAGGACGGGGCAGCUGUCCUCCCUGAAAUAUCUGGUCCAAACCGCGAGACUAAGCAGCGCCAAGAAGGCAAAGAACGGCGCCUCACCAGCUCACGACGCGGCGGCAACAGGCCAGCUUCCCUGCCUGCAGUGGUUGCUGAAGUUUUCCGGGUGCAAUGUCCGGGACAGAGACACCAGCGGCGCCACCGUGCUGCACCUGGCGGCGAGGUUCGGACACCUGCCGGUCCUGCAGUGGCUGGUCGCCGAGGGAUGUGACCUCCAGGACACGGCAGGACACGGGGUGACCGCCUUACACUUUGCCGCCGCGAACGGCGACGUCCAGUGUUUGAAAUACCUGCUGCAACAAGCGCCCAGUCUGGUGAAUGCAACAGCAGACAACGGUACCACACCUGUGUACUUCGCUGUCCAGGAGGGUCACCUGGCCUGUGCGGAACACCUGGUGGCAGGUGGGGCAAACGUGCAUCACAAGGCCAACGACGGCAUGAGGCCGGUCCACGCAGCUGCGCAGAUGGGGCACCUCAACAUUCUCAUCUGGCUGGUGAACGAUCAGGAUGCGUUGCCGAUGGAACGAGACAACGACGGAGCGACGCCCAUCCACUUCGCGUCCUCCCGCGGCCACGCCAAGGUCGUCAGCUGGCUGCUGUUGCAUGGUGGGAAGAGUGAGAAGGACAACCUGGGCGGUACUCCCAUGCACGAUGCCGCGGAACAUGGGCAACUGGAGUGCCUGAAGGUGCUGGUGGAGGCAGGGGAGGACGUCCACGGACAGGACCAUGAUGGCUUCACCCCCGCUGACCUGGCAGAGGAAUGUGGUCACACCGUCUGCGCCAAGUACCUGCACACGGUCAUGAAGGAGAAACCUCGGCGUCUCUCGGCACCGUCCAUCGCCAAGCAGCCCCAGCGCCGCCGGGAGUCAUCAUUGAGGGAGAACACAAAACCUGUCCAUGGGGAACCAGUCAGGGCUUCAGCAGCCCUGGUUGAUGUGAGUGAGGAGAGUGACAGACCUGAGCAGGCUGGUGUCUACCAGAACGGGGAUAACGGGGAGCUCGAGUACGAGGAUGUCCUGGUACCUCCCAGGGAUCAACCAGCACCAACCCAGCUGGUCCAAGCAGAGGUUCAUCCCGCGAAAAAGAAUUCCCAGGAGGAGAAGGAGCCGUACCCUCCCAUCCCUCCUCCAGAUUACGACAUGGACGACCAACCUGAACCUGUCAGCCAGAGGGACACACAACCGGUGUUCGUCCCACCGCCACCCCCGAACGAGCCGCCUCCUGCCUUACCGCAGCGCAGAGAGGACGUGGAACGAAACCCGCCGCCCGUGCCUCCACUCGAUCUACCCGAGUCUCCUGCAGCCUUACCGGUUCACCCUCUGCUGAAGUUCAAGUUCGGGGAGGACCUCAGCGUGCAACCCCCAAAGCCUGAGGCCUCUGAGGAAGGGAUGACCAAUGGCGAGACAGAAGCUGGUACAAGUAGCGCACGAGAGAAUACGCCGGCCAAGCUAGCCAGGGCAGGGUCCGGGAACCCCAUCGUACAGCCCCAUAUCAGCUCUGUUAACAGAAGGCCGGAUGUACCUAUAUCUCCUGUGUAUAAGGCAGUGGCAGCUGAAGAGGUACCUGCCAACAACAGACAAUCUCCUAACACCAAUAGUUCAACACCCUCUACCGUGGAGUCGAAACCCACCACGCCAUCCAGAUGGCCACCUGUAUCUCCCUCUGCUCCACACCAGGCACCUGCAAACUCACCAACACAGCCACCAAUAACCCCAUUGAAACAGGCACCUAUAACUCCACCAAAACAGGCGCCUAUAGUCUCAACGAAACAGGCGCCUACAACACCUGUGAAACAGGCACCUAUCACUCCACCGAAACCGAAACCGUACGCCGCCCGUCCACCAUCUCCCAUCAUCAUUGUCCCCACCAACGUGCCAACCAGUCCGCUCGCCCCUACCGUGAUGAACACCACACCGGUCAGUCCGAACACACAAGACCAGGCAACAGGUGAAGCUCUUGUUGUCAGCCCGACAAACAACGUACCACCAUCGCCGCCUCCAAUGAGUCCCACAAAACCCACACCUCUUGCACAGACACCUGGCAUUAAUGGUACAGGUCCUGUAGAUGUGACCACGCUACCCUCCAUGCAAACCAACGGUGUGCCGGCAUGGAAGCAAGCCAUCCUCCUCAAAAAGCAGCAAGCGGAGAAGGAAAAAGAUGCUUUGGAGAAAAAGAAGGACCUAGCAGCACAGGCCGCCCUGUCCAAGAAGCUGGCCGAGGAGGAAGCCAUCUUAGCUCAGGUUCCCCACUGGAAGAGGGAGAUAGUCAAGAGGAAGCUGGAGCAGCAAAGAAAAGAUGAGGCAGCAGCCAAGGAGAAACAGGAGGCUGUAAGAAGACAACUGGAGGAGGAGGAGAAACAAUUCAAGGAGAAACUCAAGCAGGAGGGCGUAGAUGACGACAAACUGUCGCCAUGGCAACUCGAGAUGAUCAAGAAGAAGAAACAGCUGGUCAUUGCAACUUAGGAUUUUCAUAUGGAGUUAAAGAACCAUAGAUCUAAGCCACACAUGUAGCUUUAAAAUUUAUGUUUAGUUCAUGUUUAUGUAUGUGUAUACAUACAUUUAGUAUACUGGAACUGGAGCCAGAUACUGAAUUUUUCUGUUUGACAAUGUCGUGAGCACUGUUUUUGCUUUUAAGCAAAUUUAUGCACUUUUGACAAUGAUAAAACUGAAGUUUUUACAUUUUUGGUCAGAUAGAUAUUGUGAUGACACUUUUGUAUUUUCCCAACCUGAAUGACAAUUGGUACAUGCUUAGACAAAAACCUAAAACAGAUUCCUAAGCCACCAAAUGAGGCCUUCACCACAAUCAUGAUUACAAUUUUUUCAAUUGCAUCAUCAGGCAUUAAGAGUAUAAAUGCUAUUUGUACAGUGUAAAUAAAAAGACAUUACUGUAUUAGUAAAUUGAUUAGUGAUGACAAGCGAUAUUAUUGGUGUCUUCCUGACUGUUAUUGCUGACAUUUGAAAAGACCAGAAUUUGUGGCAAUUAUACAGUUGUUAGAUAGUGUUAGAUUUUCAGAUAACUUUGCUAUCUUAGAUGUGAUAAUAUUAUGUUUGUGAUCAUAUCUUUCCAUAUUUUACAAGUUGAAUUGUUUGGAUUACAUCCUUUAGGAACCCCCAAGCUUUUGCAAGUGUGCAGAUAAAAAACAAGUCUAGUUUGAAAAAAAAAUUGCCUUAAUUUUUAAGUCAAAGUGGCCAGGAAAGUUGAACAAAUCACUAUUCUUCAUUUUGCUCUUUCAUAUUUUCUUAGACUUCAAUACAUGUAUUGUCUUUGGCAUUCUACAACAUUUAUAGUAUCUGUUUUCCUGUAUUUUGUUUGAAAUUUCUGGCAUGUUGUUUAUUUUGAAGCUGCUUUGUAUGUCUGUUUGUUUUUUUGAAGGGGAUGAAAAUUUAUACAUGCACAGAUGUCAUCAAUAUACAAUGUAAUCUAAUCAAUAUGGCCUAAGAACUUAAAUCUGUAAGGUUUUUGACAAUACUUGUAUUUUUAUCCAGUUUUCCUAUUAGAGUUGAUAAGAACAUAGAUGGCUUCAAAGUGAACACAAAUCAUUAGCCAUGUUUUGUUUGCUGCUGAUAGUAACUGUUCAACAACAAUUGACAACUUAGUUCUUGUGAUUGUACCUCAUGACAAUGUUGUCAGUUUAUUAAGUCCGUAAAUACGUUGAUGUUAUAUUGAUGAUAUAUUUUUGCUAUUUUGCCCAUCUUCCACAUAUGAAGUGUUUUUGUGUCGCUGUCAUAAAAAAUUAUAUAUUAUAUGAUUCACUAUCUAUAUAAAAAACACAAUAAAGCUUAUAUCAUAUGUAUCUUAGUGGAAUGAUCAUUGCCCUUUGCAAAGUAAUGCAGGUUCUUUGUGAUAUUCUACCAUUUCUUGUGAAGUUCAAAACACCACAAAAAUUGCCUUUCCUCUCUUGCCAUGAAAUUAGCUGUGAUGGAAUAACGAAACACAUAUUUCAGGCGACAUGGACAGGUCACCAUGAAAAUAAACUAUUGUAAACAUUUCAAGAUUCAUCGUACCAAGAUAAUCACCUAAAGGAUUGGAAGAACACUAGCGGCAGUUUCUUAUAUUAUAACCCACCUUUAUUUCAAAUCUAACACUUAUCUUUAGACAAAAGUUAAAUUGACACAAAUUGU